AAAAAAAAAAAGGUUCAAAUCCAAGUCUCUGUAGGGUUAGUUGUUUUCAAUUUUGAGUCGCCUCCUUUCUUCUUCUUCGUCAGUCCGUCUCCAUGGCUCGAACCAAGCAUGCUGCCAUCAUUGACCCUGCACCGUCAUGCCGCUGCCAUUGUUUAUGAAAAGAGGUUCGAUUUGGCUUCUCUAGAUCGUAUGUUUGGCAAUAUUGUUCGGGUUUUUCAGUGGGUUCCCUUCUUGGAGUCUCUGUCAUGUCCUAAUUUAUCUGUUGUGUGGGAAUUUUAUGCUAAUUGCUCCCCUAACAUGCCCUCGAGUGUUGGAUUGCUUGACUCUGCCACUUCCUGUGACUGCAUGGUCAGUGUGCGUGGCAUGUCCGUUGCUUUUACUUCUACUGCCAUUUGAACCGUCAUGCAUCUUCCCAGGCCUCGUGAGGAUACUCUCAUCACUGCUGCUACCUUUCUUGCAUCCCUGACUCCAGAUCUGUUGGUGGAUACCAUAUAUACUAAUCCUCCUGAUCAGCCUCCUAAGGAACUUGUCGGCGGUGGUUUAACUGAAUGGUACCGUUUGCUUGGUCAUCUGGUUCGCACUGUCCUCUAUCCAUCCACUCAAACAAGCAAGAUCACUUGGGAAGAAGCUCGCUUGAUCUAUACUCUUGACAGUCAGGGUCCCUUACUUCCGGUCGAGCACUAUAUCUACCAAGCAGUGCAAAGGGCUGCUGUGGCCGGUCGUUGUCACCAGCAGGCCGCGCUUGUGUUUCCUUCUGUUAUCACUGCCUUGUGUAGCCAUUCUCAGGUACGCUUUGCCGACGAUGAUGAGCCUGGUCCUGAGCUCAGUGUGUUUAAUCGCUCUUCUCUUACUCGGAGCACCAGUCAGUGCAAGUCUAGGGGUGUGUCUGUUGAAACCACGGCAGUACUUCGGCUUCUAGAGGACCUUGGCACACGUCUUGACUCUCGUCUGAGCCGUCUCGAACAAGAAGUUGGUUUUCUUCGUGCAGAUCUCUCUACUGUACUUCCCCGUUCCGGUGCUACUGAUCCUUCUCCUAGUACUAAUCCUGAUGGUGUUGGCGAUCUUGAUGCUGCCUGAGAUCAUGUGCAGCUAGUUCACUUUUUGUUCACCCUUUGUCAUUCCUAGACAAAACGGGGGAGAGGUUUAGUUUAAUAGUAGAGUAGGAGUCAAAACAGUUAGGUUGCUUUAGUAGUAACUAUGUCAGCACGUUCGUGUCUUGCCGCCAAGUGUAAGGCAAUAUCACCACUCUCGUUUGGCUGCAAUAGUAGCCGCUGGCACAUUUUAAGCAUCUCCCUUACAACCUCGGCUGAUUUCAGCAAUUCUUUAGACUUUGUCAACCUUGCACUGCCUACGCAAGCUAUAUAUACAUGGAGGACUGUGUUUUUGGUUGGAGUCAAUAUUUGGUGAAGAUGAUCACUAUGUUCUCUAAGGGCAUCAAUAUUGCCCUCUCGUGCCUCCUUGAACACCUUAGUAUCCAUGCCGCUUAAGCUUCUCUUAACUGGUGUAGAUUUCUGCUGAUUCCAUUCAGAACAGAACACAGCGUUGGUUUCCUCCAGUAUCGUGGCAUGAUAGGCCGAUGUUGGACUACUGAUCUCCAUCUCAGCUGAAUCAGAGGGAUUUAUUUUCUUUUUCUCUCGUAGUACAGAACAAUCUAGAAUUCGAAAGAUAAAUGAUCAAAGAGGAUAUUAAUGAGCAAAAACUAAGUUGGUCUGGGAGUGCCGGAUGAUUUUAGGGUGAAGAGUAGGGGAAGAGAAGGGUUAUAUAAUAGAGCAGCUACUCGAGCAUGGCGAGGUUAUUCAAAUUAAGUUUUACUGACGUAGCAAUUUGGAAAGGGUGGGGUCUAUCUCCAUGGACUUAGACGUUUAGCAAGUCUUCUGGUAUAAGUAAUGGGACGAAUUCACUAAUUCCUACAGGUUCGAAUUGGAACUGGAAGGCACGUUGGUCUCUGAUAAUUGAGUACUCUUGGUCUCAGGUGAAUUGGAGGGAUUCAUUUUGGUAGUUUUUAAGGUAUGUUUCGACUGUAGGGUUUGGAA